AUGAGAACGGAGGAGUGGAUACGAGGUGGAAUGGAAUGGAGAACGGAGACAUGGAGGGGGAGGAUGGAACGUGGAGGAGGAAUGAGAAUGGGGAGGUGGGAGGAAUGGAGAAUGAGUGGAGGAGUGGAUAAUAUAGGAGGAGGUGGAAUGGAAGGGAGGAAUGGAAACGGGUGGAAUGAGGAGGAGGGGAUGAGGAGGGAGGUGGAGGGAGUGGAGGGAAUGGAGGAAUGGAGGAAUGGAGGUGGAGGGAGGAAGAGUAGGGGGAUGGAGGGAGGAAAGGAAUGGAGAAUGGAGGGAGGACACAAAGGUGGAGGAGAAUGUGGAAUGAGGAAUGGAAUGGAGGAAUGGAGGGGGGAAUGGAGGAUAAUGGAGGUGGAAGGAGGAGUGGAAGGUGGAAUGGAGGAGAAUGGAGGAUGGAAGGAAGGAGGAAUGGAGUGGGAAGGGAAGGAGGAGUAA